CGAUUUCCAUUUUCAAGCCGACGCUCAUCUUUUCCGUCACCAGUCCAGCCCCUAGAGUAAAAUCCACAGCUGCUCUAUCUCUCCAAUUUUCUCUCUAUAUAUACACAUAUUGUAAUUGAAAUUUCACCAAUAUAGCAGAGUCUUGAUUAAUGCUUCAAUUGAAAUACCAUGGAUCCCGAAGAUUUCCCUCAAAGAGUUUUCCAUUUUUGUUCUUCUUGUGUUCCAUGCUUUUCUUGCUCUUCCUCUUCAUCAUCUUCGUUGCGCUCUUCCUUGUUUUCUGGAAGUAUUGUUGUCUUGGAGCCCAACCCCAUGGCCUCUUCGAUACCCACUUCGCCAUUCACUGUUUUCGUGUCUCCUUUCGCUCCCAACUCCUCUUCUUCUGCUGAAGAAGUCGCAUGAUUCUCUAAUUCCCCCAAUUUUCUUUUCUUUUCUUUCCAUCAUUGUUCUAUUUUGCUUUUUAUUUCUCUCUCUACAAUGGCUUGUGUAUUGCUGACUGGUUUUUGUCAUCAUCGGAUGACUUCAAUUUCUACUGCUAAUUCUCCUACAGCUGGAAGUUACAGUGAUCAUCGGUUUUUCAGGUAUGGUUAUAAUCGUCGUUGUUGGAGCGAGGAUGAGAAAGUGAUGAAGAACAAUUUUACUCGGAUCCAAAUUGGGGUUCACAAGAAGAGGAGGUUGAGCUUUUCGCCUCAGACUUGUUCUGCUCUAGUGACGGCAAGAAAUUCAUCUCUGACCAAUUUUUAUCAGGAGGUGAUUGAGGCUGCAAGGGAAAAGUUCACUCGGGAGAUAUCCUUCCAGUCCAAGGACAAAGACAUCUCCCUUGCAAAAGUUCUUCUGUAUGUUGCUGCUGAAGAUGAGGCAUUUAUGUCUUUCAACCGAGAGAAGGAUGCUCGUUCACUUCAAAGUGAAAGGAAAGAUGCUUCUGUCCUGUCUAAUGCCCAAGCAUGGGAUUCCUUGGAGGAGACGCCUUUGGCUGGAAAGAGUAUCAACGGGUGGCUGACUGAGUUGGAUACUAUUGCCAAAGAAGUCAAGGCAGAGUUAAUUUCAAGAGACAUAGGUUGCCAUUUGGUUGAAGUUUUGGAGGCGGUGAACUUAGUUCUUUUUGAGUCAAGAGGUUUCAAAAGGCCACCUGUACUAGUAGAUUCAAAGUAUUCAUACUUGCACUCAGUUUUGAGCUCUGGAUGUGGCAGUGCAAUUUUACUUAGUGUAAUUUAUAUUGAGGUUUGUCGAAGACUUAAUCUGACAAUUGUGGGAUCUCGAGUUGGGGAAGAGUUUUUAAUUUGGCCCCAAACAGAGAAUCCUGAGGAGCUGUUCAAGAUAACUUCAGGACAUAGUUUGUUUGGGGUUGUUAAUGGAGGGUGCGUGGACGACCCAAGAUCAAAGGCCUCUGAUUUAAAUAGCAAUUCGCUUUCAGGAUUGGACAUUGCAACAAACCGAGACAUUAUUGGGAUUGCUCUAGCAAAUUUGAUUAGGCUUCAUUGGAAACGUGCUUCAAGAACAAACCAUGGUUUGAUGCUAACUUCUCCACUAAGGCCUGUUCAUGACACUAAUGACAAACUGAGCAAGAUAGAUGGUUCAAAUGUUCCUUUGGUGCGGCCCCAAGAUCUUAGGCUGGCUAUCAUGGCUUCAGAAAGAUUGUUGAUUCUCCAGCCACAUAAUUGGACUUUGAGGAGAGACCAUGGCUUGAUGUUGUAUUAUAGUAGGGAAUAUGAGGCAGCAGUCCAAGAGCUUAGCAUUUGCAUGGCCUUUGCACCCGAAGAAGAGGCAGGAGUUCUAGAACCAUUUGUUGAGAAAUUGCAUUUGUUGCGGCUUGAAUCAUCAUGGAAGUCUUUGGGGCAUAAUGGUCCGUUGAGAGUUCCUUAACUUGUUUGUACAAUACCUGUGUUUUCCUAACUUCUUAAAUCCUUAUGUUCUUAUGAAAAUUAUUGUACUGUAUCUAUUGUCUUUUUCGACUUGGUAAGAUCCAUAUAUGCUCAAUCAUCCGACAGCACUUGGGGUAGAUCCUUUUUUAAUCAACCUUUUGCUUUUGGGGUUUUCAUUUCUGUUGUGACAACUGCCUGGCGACGUGAUACUGUAUUACAUUUCUGGUUUGUUAUGAGUUAAAAGCUGCUCUAUUGAGGAGUUGAUAUCUGGUA